GACUCACACACAGGUAAGCCCCCCUUCUCUCUCUCUCUCUACCAAUCAAUGUCUCUCACAAGCAGUAGUUCUCUUCUUCCUACCAAAACUCUGGUUUGGAUUCAUCAAUCUCUCCUAUCUCCUUCCCCAACCCACCAACCAGUUCGCUCCAAAUCCAUCAAACCCAUCUCCGCCGUCCAUGCCGCCGAGCCCUCCAAGAACCCCAUUGUCUCCGACAAGCCACCCAAGCCCACCACCUCUGCGGCGGCGGCGGCCUCUUCCACCGCCACAACGACGGUGACGAAGCCCGAUACAGUUCCCAAGAAAUGGACCGUCGAUAGCUGGAAGACGAAGAAGGCGCUUCAGCUUCCGGAGUACCCGGAUCAGGAACAGCUCGAGUCGGUUCUCCGAACCCUCGAUGCGUUCCCUCCGAUCGUGUUCGCCGGAGAGGCGAGAAGUCUCGAGGAGCGCCUCGCCGAUGCUGCGAUGGGCAAUGCGUUUUUGCUUCAAGGAGGAGAUUGCGCCGAGAGUUUCAAGGAGUUCAAUGCCAACAACAUUCGCGAUACCUUCAGGAUUCUCCUCCAGAUGGGUGCUGUGUUGAUGUUCGGUGGCCAAAUGCCCGUAAUCAAGGUGGGAAGAAUGGCGGGUCAGUUUGCGAAGCCAAGAUCGGAGGGGAUGGAGGAGAAGAACGGAGUGAAACUGCCGAGUUACAGAGGGGACAAUAUCAAUGGAGAUGCGUUCGAUCUCAAGUCAAGGACUCCAGAUCCAGAGAGAUUGAUCAGAGCCUAUUGCCAAUCUGCAGCUACUCUCAAUCUGUUGAGGGCUUUCGCCACCGGAGGCUAUGCCGCCAUGCAAAGGGUCACCCAGUGGAAUUUAGAUUUCACAGAGCACAGUGAACAGGGAGACAGGUAUCGGGAACUAGCUAACCGGGUUGAUGAGGCCCUUGGAUUCAUGUCUGCUGCUGGACUUACUGUUGAUCACCCUAUAAUGACAACCACCGAGUUUUGGACAUCACACGAGUGCUUGCUCUUGCCUUAUGAGCAAUCACUUACUAGGAUGGAUUCAACUUCUGGCUUGUACUAUGAUUGUUCUGCCCAUUUCAUUUGGGUCGGGGAACGAACUCGCCAGUUGGAUGGCGCCCAUGUCGAGUUUUUGAGAGGAGUUGCUAAUCCCCUUGGAAUUAAGGUGAGUGACAAAAUGGAUCCAAACGAGCUAGUUAGGCUCAUUGAGAUUUUGAAUCCUCAGAAUAAACCAGGGAGGAUUACAAUUAUCACAAGAAUGGGAGCAGAGAACAUGAGAGUCAAGCUUCCUCAUCUAAUCAGGGCAGUUCGUAGGGCAGGACAAAUUGUAACUUGGGUUAGUGAUCCUAUGCAUGGAAACACCAUCAAGGCUCCUUGCGGUCUCAAAACUCGUCCCUUCGAUGCCAUCAGGGCGGAAGUGAGGGCAUUUUUUGAUGUGCACGAGCAAGAAGGGAGUCACCCGGGAGGAGUUCAUUUAGAGAUGACUGGCCAAAACGUGACAGAGUGCAUUGGGGGGUCACAAACUGUGACAUUUGAUGACCUGAGUUCACGCUACCACACCCACUGCGACCCUAGGCUCAAUGCUUCUCAAUCUCUCGAGCUUGCUUUCAUCAUUGCUGAGCGCCUAAGAAAGAGGAGACUUGGAUUAUCCAUAGGUCUGUAGAAUGGCUUUAAGGCCCUCCAUGUUGGGUUCUUUUGUCUAAAUUAUAUCAGUGGAUGUAUUGCUAUAUUUUAUUUGGAUUUUUUUAGUUUAGAGCUCUUUUAUGUUAUUGUUAUGUAUUGUCGUGUAUGUGUAUAGUCGGAGAAAGUGAUGGUUUUGAGAAUUCAAAGAGAAGGGAAUAAAGGCAAAAAAAACUAUUGAUAAA